AUGCCACCGAUUAAUGAAGAUGUUUAUAGACCACAAAGUAUGCCAACUGGCCCAAGAAAUGUUUUACGUUCAAACGAUUCCGCAAGUCUAUGGAAUUGCACUCUCUCUCCAGGUUGGUCCGAAGAGGAGAAUGAAAUAUUUCGUAAAGCGCUAAUGAAAUUUGGAAUUGGCAAUUGGGCGAAAAUCAUUGAAUCAGAAUGUUUGCCGGGCAAAACGAAUGCACAAAUGAAUUUGCAACUACAACGAAUGCUUGGACAACAAAGUACAGCAGAAUUUGGUGGGUUACAUAUCGAUCCUCUUGUAAUUGGUGAAAAGAAUGCAAAAAUUCAAGGACCUCACAUUAAGCGUAAAAAUAAUUGUAUUGUAAAUACUGGCGGGAGACCAUUACGCGAAGAAAUAAAAGCGCGAAUCGCAAAAAAUAAAGAGCUGCAAGUAUUCGUUAGUUCAACCUCAUAUGAAGUGCCGGAAGAAGUGUGGAGCAAGAUUGAAUUGCCGAAACCUCGAGAUGUAAUCUAUCAUUAUCAUUAUCAUUCGCAAUUCCCAUUCUUACUUUUGAAUGCAAAGAAGGAAGAACUUCGUCGUCUACAAGAAGAGCUCCGAAGCGUGCAAGAGCAAAUAUCAAUCAUAAAAAGUAACAAUGUAGAAGAGGACGAACUAAUUUCCAAUAUGUCCUUGUUUAGUAUAGAAGACGACGAAGAUCUCGAACUACCACCUAAGAAAAAAAGUGAAGCGUCAAUUACAACGAGAAAAAGUAAAAGCGUAAAGGGAAGGCCGAAAAAAGAGAGCACUUCAAGUAGUAAAAGUAAAACUAAGCAUAAAAAUACGGUGAUAACAUCGUCUUCAAUUAAAAAGCGAAAGAGUAAUUAUAGCAUGAGUAGUAAUGGUAGUCGUGGUGUUGAUAGUG